AUGGUGGCUGCAUCCGGAGUCUUGCGUGAUAAAAAGGUGUCUCUUAAACUUAAAAGACAAAUUCUACAGAGUGGUGGUUAUACCACGAGUAAAUUUUUGAUGAAGGGAAAGGGAAGCCAGAAAAUCCAGGGAAUCGACGUCCCCCAAACCAUUAGACUUCCAGAGAAGAGGAGUCCGGUCGCCAUUAAAACCCUUCUCGGAAACCUCAUAGUGCUGACGAACAACAUGAGACUUCCGGUUUCCACACCCACCAGAAGCAUCCCCACCCUGUUGGAAAAUGGAAGUCCAAAAUAUCGUGGACCUGUGUUAGGAGUUACCAAGACACUGAUACAACAUGUACGAGAUGGUCUGGAAUUCGACACAUAUGGUUUAUGGGACAUCAUUUUAUUUGGUAAUGCAAAAAGAAUGGAGAUUGAUGAUCAUGAAGAUUUAUAUGAUUAUCAAAUUCGAAGUUUUUGUCUAAAAGAUGCGCGCUUGUUUUUCUGCAAUGCUUUUAGCUCGUCGAAAUUGUAUAUAAAGGGAAUGACUCUACUGGAGAUUGUAGUAAUUGAUGAAGCUGCUCAGCUGAAAGAAUGUGAAUCCACUAUUCCGUUACAACUCCCUGGUCUCCGCCAUGCUAUACUCAUCGAAGAUGAGAAACAAUUGCCUGCUAUGGUUCAAAGCAAGAUCUGCGAGAAGGCUGAGUUCGGGAGGAGCUUAUUCGAGAGGCUGGUAAUUCUAGGGCACAAGAAGCACCUUCUAAAUGUUCAAUAUCGGAUGCAUCCGAAAGUAAGUUUGUUCCCAAAUAGCCAGUUCUAUGAGAAGAAAAUUACGGAUGGUCCUAAUGUUACAGCAGCAUUAUAUGAGAAGAGAUUUCUUAAAGGAGAUAUUUUCUGCUCCUAUUCAUUCAUUAAUGUAAGUAGGGGAAAAGAGGAGCUCGAUGAUCAUCAAAGCACGAGAAAUAUGGCAGAAGUUCGCCUUGUAGCUGAUAUGCACAAAAUGAAUUUUGUAGGAUCUUUACAGAAUCUGUCUCUUCAAAACAAAAGGUCCGUGUUGGUUGUAUAUCAAGUUUUUGCUAUUCAACGAACUCUUGGAAAGAGAUAUAGCACGGAUGUUAGGAGUUAUUUUUCAGUGAAUGUGAGCUCUGUCGAUGGUUUUCAAGGCGGUGAAGAGGAUGUGAUAAUUAUAUCCACUGUUCGGUGUAAUGGGAGUGGAUCUAUUGGUUUUCUUUCUACUAUUCGGAGAGCCAAUGUAGCGCUGACUCGAGCAAGAUACUGUCUUUGGAUAUUGGGAAAUGCCACUACUUUGGUUAAUAGUGGUUCUAUUUGGACGAAUAUAGUCAUUGACGCCAAGGCUCGUGGUUGUUACUUUGAUGUUACUAAUGACAAGAGAUCGAUUCAGGCAAAUCUGAGCGCUACCAUUGAGCUCAAACAGAUAGGUACAUUACUCCGAACGGACUCCCCUCUGUUCAAAACAGCUAAGUGGAAGGUUGCUUUCUGUGAGAAUUUCUCAAAAUCGAUCGCCAGAAUUAAGGAUAUGGAGAAUGGUGAAGCUAUCAAGCAGUUGGCGAAAGAAAAGAACAGAAUGAUGAGCAACAAGGGUGGGAAUUCUUCUGCAUUGUUGGAGGUCUACAAUGUCAAGCACCUAAAAUUGAUUUGGACCAUAGAUAUUCUGCAGCAGAACUCGACACAAAUUCAAGUACUAAAGAUCUGGGACAUUAUACCAGCAUAUCUGAUACCGAACUUGGCUAAGGACCUCGACGUCCUUUUUGGUCGAUAUGCAGUUGAUAUGAUGAAUCGUUUGCAUAUGUAA